UUCUCAGCAUCCAAAAGCUUUCAAGUCCUCAUAAAGAGGGUGGUCGUGGGAGCCUUCGGCGAGGGCGAAAAGGAGUCAGAAAAACUUAGCAAGCAAAGAAAAUUAUAGAAACCAGUCAUGGGGUAUUGGGCAGAAAAAACUGAAGCUUUCUUGAGAGUUUCUGCGAUCUUGCUCUUGGUCUUGACCGCAUGUUUGGUUGCCAUGGACACUCAGACCAAGCUCAUUAUGUACACCUACGCCAAGAAAGCCACUUUCAGGGACUUGAAAGCUCUCCCGGUUUUGGUGUACAUUGAUGGUGUGGUUGCUGGUUAUAAUCUGCUCCAGCUGAGCAGAUGUUCAGUCUCAGCUUGCUACAAGGGAGAGAUGCAGAGUCCCCUCUUGAAGAACCUGUCUUGGGUCCAUUUCUUGCUGGAUCAGGUCGCCGUCUACGUUGUAUUUGCUACCACCGCGGCCGCGACGCAGGCGUCACUUCUGGCGGUGACGGGGUCCAAGGCCAUGCAAUGGAUGAAACUGUGCGGCAGGUACACCAGAUUCUGCGUCCAAAUCGGCGGGGCGCUCCUCUGUGGCUACGUCGCGUGCAUCGUCCUAGUGCUCACGUCGUUCCUCUCGGCAUAUAACCUCUUCCGACUCUAUUCACCAACGAAGUUCAUGCAGCUGAAGAGCAAGCAGUAACAUUGCAAUCACUGUAAUGGUGACCUAAUUACUCCAUAAUGUAUCUUGUGAAGUGAAAAACUAUGUGAGUUAUUUGCUAAAUGGGAGUCUUGGGUUUAUGCAGAAAAUAUUCCCUUUCCCCACCAUCAUAAAUAGACUUCAACCACUUGGUGA